UGCACACACACGUCACACGUCUCUUCCUCCUUCCACCUCGCCUUGUCCAUCUCCAUCCAUCCGCUUCCUUCCCCGUGCUGCCCCAUGGCCCACCCAUCACCGUCGCCGACCGGCAGCAGCAGCAGCCGCCGCCGCCGCCUGUCGGAGGUCCUGGGUGAGCAGCAGGAGCCAUUCUCCCUCGACCUCUAUCUCCUCGAGAGAGGCUGCUCCCCGGCCUUCCUCGACGCCACCGCGUGUGGUAGCGGCGGCGCCUGCUCGACGUGCUGGCCCAAGACCAGAGGCACCGGCCGGACGCUGAGACGGCCGGCGAAGAACAAGAAGGGCUCCCGUCGCAGCGGCGUGCUAAGGAUGCUGCUCUCCAAGAUUCUCACCGGCACGACGGCGCCUGCGGCGACGAAGAAGAAGAACCGGGCUGCCAUCGGGUGGCGCCGCGUCGUUGCCGAAAAGCAGAGGACGCCGGACAGCUUCGAGCUCGCUCUUCGUCCCGCUUCCCCCGGAGCCGGAGCCGUUGAAGCGCACAUGGAGGACGACGGCGGGGAGCAGGAAGACGACGAGGAGGACGAGUCCACGAAGAAGCAGCUGAGCCCGGUGUCCGUGCUGGAGCAGCGCCUGUUCGAGCACUCGCCGCCACCGCCGCCGCACGCGCCGAAAGCGCUGGCUAUCUUCGGCGAGCUCCUUGAGGCCGCCUACACACCCAACGCACUGCUGGACGACGUCGACGUCGUCGCCAUCGCCAAGGAUCGAAGCAGAAGCACCCAGUCCGAAGACGGCCGCCGCCGCUGCAGCAGCACCGACAGCUCAUCAACGCCGCCGACGACGCCGCGGGCCAGGAGGAGGAGGAAGAAGAAGAAGCACGCGCGCCGGAAGGAGGACGUGCCGUUGGAGAAAGACCUUGGUAGGUUGACCAGUCUCGUAGCCUCGGACAUGGCCGUGGCAAGCGUCGGCGCAGAGGACCUGCGGCCGUCGGUGGAGGACGUGGGCGUGCUCAUCGCGGCGGCCGUGCUGGAGGCGCUGACGGAGGAGACGGCGGCGGAGCUGAUCGAUGGGGAUGGAGAUGGACCACGGCUGUGCGGUUGACACGACACGGGUGGUGCUGACGAUGCUGACCUCCGUUGUUGGGUUUUCUGGUGCGUGAUGUGCGUAUCUGAUCGAUCGACGUGUUCGUGCGUGUACGUACUAGUACAAUAUAUUAUAUGGUUGAUGGUGGUUUCUUGGUUGCGGUGUGUAGUUUGUGCUGAUAGCUUGACACUUUGACAGUGCCUGGCUAGCUACUAGUACCUCUGUUUGUUAGGUUAGCAUGGGAUGGGAGCAUGCUGAAACAGAGCUUUUGUACAUGGGUUCAUUAACAUGGUAUCGUUGAAAAAAUAACAGCAAUUAAUAUACCAACCAUGCAUAUGACUCACACAUGAACAUUAUCGUUGAUCAUGUGUUUUUUUUGUCAA